AUGAGCAAAUAUGGGAUAUUAAUUUUACUCUUUUAUUUUUUAAUUACUAUCCAUAAAGAGGUAAUAGCUGGGGAUCAAAAAUUCACUUUUAGUGAUCCACUAGAGUCAGAUAGUAGUCUAGAAGUGACUCCAGUGAUAUAUAAUAUUUAUACUAACUUAGUGGAACUUAUAUUGAAGAAGAUGUUCGCUGAUGAAUAUGAAUUUAGGAUGGAAAAUAUAGAUAAUAUAGAAAAUCCACCAUUAUGUAGAAAUAAUGAACAGAUGGUCAAUAAGGGAUGUAAUAUAAUGUUAUAUAGCUGUUCUAAGCUUGCUAGUGAGAAAUUUUCUUGUUACUUCUAUUAUUGGAGUUUCUGCGAAUGCAAUAGGCCUUGGAUAUGGUCAUGGUUAAAUUAUGUAAUACCCCCAAUAUAUGAUUGCUAUCCAUCAAUAGCUACUGAUGAAGAUUUUACAGAUUUAUCUAUGGAAGAAAAGGGAAUCUUUAGUAAACUAAAGAAUAUUGAUUUUGAUACUGAAGAAUUAGAAAUUCCAGUAGGGGAAUGCAGAGUUAGUGGACUGUUUGUUUUGUGGAUCUUAAUUGUAAUAGUAUUACUAAGCUACUUGGCAUAUCAGGUAUAUUCUUUUGGAUUAUAUAUUAAAAUAUUCAUGAAAUCUAAGAAAGAAGAUUAA